AUGUCUUUCAAAGUAUUGAUCCUUGCUGCCGUUGUGGCCUGCGCUAUGGCUGACCAUUACAAAGCGUCUUCGUAUGCAUCUUUCCAUAACCCAGCUUAUGGUGGUCAUUAUGAUCAACACGAGCAUUAUCCUACUCAUCAUCCCAAGUAUGAAUUCAAAUAUGGUGUUGAAGACCAACAUACUCAUGAUCAAAAGUCUCAGCAUGAGGAGCGUGAUGGUGAUGUUGUCAAGGGAUGGUACAAAUUGGAACAACCUGAUGGCAGAACUCGUAUUGUUCAUUACACUGCUGAUAAGCACAAUGGAUUCAACGCUGAUGUGCAAUACUCAGGACAUGCUGCUCAUCCCUACCAUCAUUAA